UGAUGCAAGAAUUUGACGUUUUCUAAACAGGUGUUAAUACAUCAUUGACGGAUCAUCAUAUUCACAUCACAUAGGUUUCAACGGCUGCUCUACUGUUACAUUUUCAUCUUCUCUUUAAUCUGUAUUGAUUGAUUUCGUUCAUGGCCGAUGAGGAACAAUCGCAGCAUAAAAACCUUGAUGCUGCUGACCUAUCUUCCCUUAAGUCGCAAGAUAUGAUCGCUUGCUUGAAUGCAUUAGAGGCUGCGUUGCUUCCAUGCUUGCCGUCUAUUGAUCAUAAAGAACCUGUGCCGGAUUUUGAUGAUUCCAUGAUGACAGAGCUCGUAGAACCGCCUGCAAUGAAGGUGGAAAAAGCCGACGAUCGCCCUCUUCCUCCUCAUCAGACUGAUGUGGAGAAGCAGGCUAAAGCUUUCAUGGUGGCCGCCAAAAAACUUCAGCGAUAUUUUAUUUGUCUGCAACGUGCUGCUGACAGCAAGCCAACAAAGGCUGAAACUGUUAGAAAGGAGAUUGCUGCCAUGGAAGAAGAGUCAAAGCUGAAGGAUGAGCUCAUUCAGAAGCAAGAGAAACGGAUUGAAGACUGGAAAACUGAGUUCAAAUACCGAUUGGACAAGCACAAAGCUGAGUUAGAAAGGGUUUAGGAUAGAUAUUGAAUCGUUGUGCAGCUGUUUCCCUUAAAAAAUCACUGCUCUGAUUGGAAUUUUCAGCAAAAUUUUCUCAUUCAGCAGCUCUCACAUCUAUUCCUCCUGCCUGUUAAUACAUUCAUUUGCCUCCAAGAUUCAAGAAAAUUUGGAAAUUGUUGCAUUUUUAAUAUCAUGACAAACCAUUUCCAUUUGAGUACAAAUAGAGGCCAAUGUUUUUAGAUUC